AUGGAUUAUCGCACUGCCCGCACCCACCACAAAAUGGCAGGAGCUCCCCAGUCCAACUGCACCUCCCCACGCCCAUCCUCCUUCCUACUAACUGGUAUCCCCGGGCUAGUGGGAACCCAGGGCUGGCUAACACUGGUCUUUGGGCCCAUGUACGUACUGGCCUUGCUGGGCAAUGGAUCACUGCUGGGAGUGGUGCAGGUGGAGUCUGCACUGCACCAGCCCAUGUUUCUACUCCUGGCCACACUGGCAGCCACAGAUAUAGGCUUAGCCACAUCUGUAGCCCCGGGAUUGCUGGCCGUGCUGUGGCUUGGGCCUCGGUGGAUGCCAUACGCCGCCUGCCUGGCCCAGAUGUUCUUUGUCCAUGCGCUGAUGGCCAUGGAGUCUGGGGUGCUGUUGGCCAUGGCCUGUGAUCGUGCCGUGGCUGUAGGUCGGCCACUGCACUACUCCAGCCUGGUCACCAAAGCCCGCGUGGGCUAUGCAGUGCUGGCCCUGGCCCUGAAAGCUGUGGCCAUUGUUGCCCCUUUCCCCCUGCUGGUGGCACGGUUCGAGCACUUCCGAGCCAAGACCAUACACCAUGCCUACUGUGCGCACAUGGCCGUAGUGGAGCUGGUGGUAGGUAACACUCGGGCCAACAAUUUGUACGGACUGGCCCUUUCCCUGGCUGUGUCCGGUGUCGACAUUCUGGGAAUCGCGGGUUCCUAUGGGCUCAUUGCCCACGCCGUACUGCAGCUGCCCACCCGAGAGGCCCGAGCCAAAGCCUUCGGGACAUGCAGUUCCCACAUCUGUGUCAUUUUGGCCUUCUAUGUGCCUGGUCUCUUCUCCUACCUCACACACCGCUUUGGUCGUCACACGGUCCCGAAGUCCGUGCACAUUCUUCUCUCGAACAUCUACUUGCUGCUGCCGCCUGCCCUCAACCCCCUCAUCUAUGGGGUCCGGACCAAGCAGAUCAGGGAACGGCUUCUGGAAAUCUUCCCAUUCAAGAAAAAACAGUUCUAA